AUGGCAAGUAAUGGGGGGACCUUACACGGAGGUCCCCAAAUAACCAAUGGACACUUUAGCUGUACGCAUUGUGGCACAUAUUUCGAUAGUUCGUCAUCCCUGCAAGUACACAUGCACUACCACCAUCAACAGCAACAGCAGCAAAAUGCUACGGGCCAAGAUGUGACGCAUCAACAGGCACGUUGGCCAGGAAUCGUGACUAACAACAGUGCAUCGAGUACCCCUACCACACCCACUGAGGAGCAUAAUAAUAACCAACCGUCUGUGAAAAAUCAUAUCAAAUCAAGUUCACCCUUGGUACAGGCAGCAGCAGACUCGCAAUCUGAUAACAAUCAAGAAUCAAGUCAAAAUAAUAAUAACAACAAUAAUAGUCAAGUGACGCCAGUUAGUGACUCGAAUAAUUCGUCUCUCGUGUUUAACAAUACAAAUAGUACGUCAAGUAAUAGUGCAUCUCCGUUACCAUAUCAAUCGCAGCAACAAGCACAAGAAAUGCAUCCCUAUCCGCCACACUAUAUCGGCUACGAGCAAUAUUAUCAUCCGCAUAAUAUUGACUAUGGAGCGCCCUUGCCUCCCCCGCCAUUGCCGCAACAUCAUCAACUUCCACAUCACACACAAUCUCUCGGCGCCAUUCCAUCGCAGCAGCAGCAGCAGCAACAAGAGUACAAAACAGUGCCUUCGACCAGAUAUCAUCCAUACAGCAGUUCGCAACAUAGUUCAAUCACGCAGCUGAGCAAGCAUGGCUUGAGUCCGAAAGUGGUAAGUUCCAGCGGUGGCAAUAGCCCGCUCGAAGGUCAGGCAUUCGAUCAAGAUAUUCCGCCAGGCCAGCCAACUCCCUCGCCAUCGCCCAAGCAAUGUGAUAAAUGCGGGAUGGUGUGCGAUACGCCCGGACAAAUGGCAGAGCAUCAUGCUCGAGCGCAUCCCGAAACGACUCGCGACGAGUCCGAACAAACACAAAGUUAUCCAACCUUCAGCAAUUCGUACGUCAAGGAAGAACCAUCAUCCGACAUUCUCGAUUUGGAUUCGCAAAAGAUGGUUUAUCCUCCGCAACAUGGAAUGGCUCCGAUGCAUCCCGGAGGUUUGCAUCCCCUUCAAAGUAUGCAACGUCAUCCGAUGGUAUGGGGACACGAAAUGCAUCCAGGAUUUAUGGCAACGCAUCAACCGGGCUUUAAAGCUCCUGACUAUCCGCCAACGCCACCGCAACAAACGCCGUCGGCGCACAUUAAAUCGGAAUAUCACAUUCCAUCGGCAACGCAACUCGGUAAGAAUUUCGAGGGCAUUCCCCCAACGGGCGGAAUUGAAAAUGCAUUGCCCACAUCGCCGCAAGAUUUUCCAAGUACUACGACGCCCCAAGAGACGGCAAACGGCUUUCGAUCAUUCGAGACGCCAUCGUCGUCGUUGUCAGCUGGAACACCAAAAAGCACUGCAUGGAAGAGUAACGAGGCACGCAGACCAAAAACCUACAAUUGCACGGCGUGCAACAAGUGGUUCACGAGUUCGGGCCAUUUGAAGCGUCAUUACAACACGACGUUGCACAAAAAUGCCGUAAAGAGUAGCGGACAACCCGAUCCCGCACUCACGCCAAUUUCGCAUCAUCAUCAUCCGAACAGAGAUCCCAAUUACACGGGGAAAUCGAGGAGAGCAGCACAAGCUGCUGCCGUUGCUUCGCAAAACCAAAUGCAACAAGUCGGACUCGAUCAACGCAGUCCCGAAUACACGCCAAAUCAGUUCGCACUGCCGAGCUUGAAUCAAGGAUUCCAGCAGUACGGCGGUAACCCGCAUCACGCAUCUACGAUUAAUGGAAGUUUAUCGCAGCAGGGAAACGGGGUAGCAGACCGGAUCAUCCAAGCCUCCACGGAAUCCGGUCUGCAAAUGAACUUCUCGGAGAACACGCAAAUGAUGGCAAAAGUGCUGGACAACCAACAACUGCAGCCGUCACAACAACAGGAGGAUCAACAACAACACCAUACUAUCAUCAUCAAUUCGUCUCUCGGCCCGGAGACUACAAUGGGCCACUACAACAUCCAGCACAUCAACCAUUUGGGUAUCAACACCAACAUCCAAUCGUACCAAGUCACCCAGUCGGAGGCACAGAAUUAUCACCAUAUUAUUGGUAAUGACAAUCAUCGCCAACAAUCCAUGGAUGAUAACUCUGAGGGACAACAUCAGCAGCAGCAGCAAGACGUUUUCACCUACUAUCAAAGCGACUCGCAAUACGACGACUCUCCGGACGAGCAAAAACCCAUUGCGGCAUAUACGCGCAUGCAAAAUGUCACGAGCUCCUUAUACCAAGGUGACAUGCCGCCGCCCUUCUCUCCCGAUGUGCCACAAGCCGAUCAAAUUUACACACUCACAUCGACGCAAAUGGCACAAAUUGAUCGUUCAAUGACGCCACUUCAAGCAGCUAUUGCUCCAAGUACUUCGCCGCCAGCACCCUACUCGCCCAGUGUCACAUCCACAAACAGCUUCCCCAUUCAAAACACCCAAAUCUCGGCAUCGCAAUCCGACAACGGCGAAUACAAGUGUUUGCAAUGCGAAAAGGCAUUCAACAAAAUCUGCUAUCUUACGCAGCACAACAAAACUUUCCAUUCGGGCGAAAAGCCAUACAAGUGUACACGUUGCGGCAAACGUUUCGCCUGCGAACAAUCGUCCGAAGAACAUUUUGCCAAACAUGCUGGCGAAAAACCCUUCAAAUGCGAAAUUUGCCCGAAGCAGUUUAAUCACAAGACGGAUUUGCGACGUCACAUGUGCAUUCACACGGGCAGCAAGCCCUAUUGUUGCGCCCAAUGCGGCAAAGGGUUCAUCCGAAAGGAUCACAUGCUGAAACACACGGAGACACAUAAGAAACGCGAAACGAUGUUGGCGAAUCGCAAAGCCAACAAAACGAACAAACAAAUCAAGAAAGUGCAAAUGUACGACACAAAUACCAGUGGUUCAGAUAUCUCAACUAUCUCCUCAACCGGAUCAUGUAAGAAUGAACAAAUUCAUUUAAUGAUUUGA